AUGGGUCUUCCACAAGUCGCCCGCCCUUACAGGGACGAUUCGGUCCCCUCAUCCUCAGCUUCCGCUCAUUCUCUCCAAUCAUAUGAACACUUUGAGCCAGAAGAUAGUCCCCCAGCAUACACAGAAGAUGACACUAUAGCUCUCAUCCAACCCAACGUCACCAGCACUCCUGGCCGCAACAAUCUCUCCUCUGUAGCCCGUCUAGUAAGCGAUUACGAAGUCCCCGGCGGGCGAGUAUUGUCCUCCUCGCGCGCCAAGAAGACCUACACAGUGACCCUAUCGCCAGAACUCUCGCAGGAUCCCGAAGCGCUUUGUAAACUGAUUACAUAUCAAACCCAGCGCCCGCCCGUGCCCAUUAUCGUUGUCAAGGGCAUACAUACGGAGUCCGUGAAGAGCUAUGGACGGAACAGGAAAUCCCACCACACGAACACCACAAAGGAGACUGUGGUGGAUUUUGAAUUUCGCAUAAACUGCCUCAACUCCGUCUUGCCGGAUGUUGAUCGGCCAGGGCGUCGGUGUCGGUUUGUGGACAUUGCGAGAAUUGAAGAUUGGAAGAAGACGUGUCGCGGUGUGCGGGUUAAAAGCAAAGGUGUUCAUCACAGGAGCAGGCGUGGAGGUUUUGCUGUUGCUGGUACCGAUGCGGAGCUCGAGGAGGCUCAGGGGUUGACGACCGGCAGUGGAGAACCAGAUCUGGAGGAGUGGUGCAAGCGGUACUGCGAAGAUAAGACGCGAGUUAAGUCCUUCACUUUCCACCGCACCUGGGAAGCCUGGGACUACGGCGCCAUCCAGAAGGGUAUCACAACCCUGAUACGCUCCCUCAACUACCGCGGUCACAUCUGCAUAGAAAUACACACCCACAACGCCCACCUGACCGUCUACUCCCCCGCCCUCAUCAACAAACUGCGCACAAACACCUUCGUCUGGUGGGUCUGCGUCCUCCUGCAACUCUGGCUCAUCACCUGGCCCCUCCUCUACAUCAUGGAGAAACCCUUCGAGCCAAUCACAGCCACGUGGUACGCGCGCUACAAUGAGGAGCACGCCUGUGGCCUUAGCGAAGCGAUGUGGCUAGAGCUUUUCACGCCGGUUAUUAAGCGAUCGGUGCUGGCGAGGGCGAAGGAUGGCGAGAUGGUAGGGCUGGAGGAAGCUCGGGUGGCCAGGGCGGAGGCGGAUAGAGCGGCUGGAGUUGAAGUUGGGAGAGCGGGAUCGGAAUUGGAGGCGGAAAGCAGGCCGCGGAAUUGGGCUGAUUCUCUGGUGGGAGUGGUUAGGGGGUUGGCGGAGGUGAGGCAAGAGUACAAUCAGGCGGCGGGGUGGGGUGCGGAUUGCUGA